CCUGGGCAGUGUGUUUGGGUCUUGGGUGCAAGUUUGAGUCCGGCUGGGUCCUUCCGCUUCUUGCCACGAGGGAAUAUACGCGGUGCACAGAACCGUAUGCAAAAAAUACUAAGCGUUUCCUCUGGGUUUCCUCCGUUCAUACUCAAUCCGUACGCUUUCAGACGGACUGCUUGUCCACAGCACACACAGGGAGUGACUGAGCGCCGUUUUUUAUCGCGCUACCGAAUGCGACGCGUGAUCCCGCACGCGCGCCGCGUCUGCGGCAGGAGGGACGGACGGAGGAGGAUGGAAGCCGGAGGACGCAUGCACACACGGCCGACGACCUUUGACUCGCACUGAAUGACACAGCAGAGGUCGGCGUUCCUGGAUUCCGGCAUCAAAUCGUGUCCUCCUCCUCCCCUCCGUGCAGCAGCGCCCAGGAGGAUGAAGGACGGAGCGCUGGCAGUGUAUUUGAAUGUGUUUAGCCGGUGGGCAGUGACGGAGACUUUGACGGCCUCAGCUCAGCGACAGCGGGACGCUCGGGGGGAGUGAGGAAGAUCGACUGAGGACUGUCUACUGCAGCACCAUGGACAGCUCAGAUACGGAUGCCAAUUACGGCAGCGGCCUGCUGGACAUGGUGAAAGGGGGAGCAGGCAAGCUGUUCAGCAGCUUCAAGGACAACCUCAAAGACACCUUGAAGGACACGUCCACUAAAGUUAUGCAUCAGGUUUCAACUUACACCAAAGGGGAACUGGACAUUUCUUACAUCACGUCACGAAUUAUAGUAAUGUCAUACCCAGCCGAGGCCAUGGAAAUGGGAUACAGGAACCAUGUCGAGGAGGUGCGCUCCUUCCUCGACUCCAGGCACCCGGACCACUACACGGUCUUCAAUCUGUCUCAGAGGAACUAUCGCGGGGCCAAGUUCUCCAAUAGGGUGUCUGAGUGCAACUGGCCCUCCAGACAGGCCCCCAGCCUCCACAACCUGUUCGCCGUCUGCAAGAAUAUGCACCACUGGCUGCGGCAGGACCCCAAGAACGUCUGUGUGAUCACCUGCAUGGAUGGCCUGGCUCCUUCUAGUGUCCUGGUGUGCGCCAUGUUCUGCUUCUGCCGCCUCUUUACCAACCCGAUCCCCGCCAUGCAGCUGCUCAACACCAAGCGGCCCGGCUCGGUGCUGUGGCCCUCGCACAGGAGGUACGUUGGCUACGUGUGCAACAUGGUGUCAGAGAAGCUCCGGCUGCCCCACUCAAAGCCCCUGGUGGUAAAAUCGGUCACCAUGAGUCCCGUGCCCUGCUUCAACAAGCAGCGCAGCGGCUGCCGGCCCUUCUGCGAUGUGCUCAUUGGUGAGACCAAGAUCUUCUCCACGGCUCAGGACUACGACAGGAUGAGAGAGCACCGAGUGCAGGAGGGCAAGGUGGUCUUUCCCCUGGGCGUCAGCGUCCAUGGAGAUGUGGUGGUCUCCGCAUAUCACAUGCGCUCCACCAUGCUUCAGGCCAAGGUGACCAACACUCAGAUCUUCCAGAUACAGUUCCACACGGGGUUCAUUGCUCCAGGCACCACGGUUUUAAAGUUCACAAAGCCAGAGCUGGAUGCCUGCGACUCCCCGGACAAGUACCCCCAGCUCUUCCACGUGCUGCUGGACGUAGAGGUUGAGAGUGCGGACAAGCAGAAGGAUAUCACUCCACCGUUGGGAGCAGUCCCCAGCAAGGAUCUGAGUCCCAAUGUCCUCUUCUCCUGCCACCAGGAGCACCAGGAUGCGCUGGCCAUCGCAGGUCCCGGGAAGGCCGGUGGCGGUCCUCACCGGUCGGGCCAGACCAACGCGGAGAGCGAGCCCUCGGAUGACGAGAUGCUCUCCCUGUCUGGUCGCGAGAAGCCGGGUGGCCCUCAGGCCGCGGCCACGCCCGAGGCCCCUCGACCCGCGCCCCCUCCGCCAGCCGAAGAGGUGGACCUGCUCGGUCUCGAUGAUGAUUCCGGAGAGCGGGCGUUUGGCUCCCCCCAGCCGCCGUGUCCACCCCCCACCAAUACCGACCUGCUCGGGGACUUGUUUGGCGCGAGCCCUGGCCCAGGCAGCGGCUCUGGCUCUACCCAGUCCACGCCGCGGAAAACGGGCCCCUCCCCCUGCGCCUCACCUCGGCCCGCAGAGGGUUUUGAUCCGUUUGGGUCACCCCCAGGCCCGCAGGAGCCCGUGGGGUCCUUCUUGGGACCAGGUAAUGCGGGAAAAACCGACCCCUUCCUGCAUGAAGCACGAUCUCCAUCACCCACAAUGCAGGGCGCAGGCAUGGGCAGUGCAUCCCCAGUGCCUCCCACCACCCCAACCGUCAACAUCCAGCAGCAGAACCUGAUGGGGGGUUGGGACUGGAGCAAACCCCCGGCUGCAGGUGGCUUUGGAAUGGGAAGCAGAUCUGCCACCACCAGUCCCACGGGAUCGGUCCACAGCACACCGACCCAUCAGCCCAAGCCCAACACGCUGGACCCCUUCGCUGAUCUGGGAGCCCUGGGGUCCAAUUUGGGAGGUGGAUCUGGCUUCUCCAGUAAGCCCACCACACCUACUACGUCGGGCGGGACCUUCCCGCCCAUGGGUUCCCCGCAACGGCCCUCUCCCCAACACGCAGCUGGGGGAGGCUGGCAGCCGUCCUGGCAGCCUGGCGGGGGCUCGCAGUGGCAUCCACAGUCAUCCCCCCAGCACCGGCCAAACUACAACAUCAGCUUCUCCAAUGCAGGAGGAGCCCCUGGCAACAACGGCAAGCACCCUUCAGGAUUUGGGGCCAAACCUAAGGUGUCAGAGGCCAACUUUGAAGACCUGCUGUCCGGGCAGGGCUUUUCUGGGAGUAAGGAGAAGAAGGGUCCGAGGACAAUCGCUGAGAUGAGGAAGGAGGAGAUGGCCAAAGAGAUGGACCCUGAAAAGCUCAAGAUCCUGGACUGGAUCGAGGGGAAGGAGCGCAACAUUCGCGCUCUGCUCUCCACCAUGCACACAGUCUUAUGGGAGGGUGAGACCCGCUGGAAGCCCGUGAGCAUGGCAGACCUGGUCACGCCUGAGCAGGUCAAGAAGGUGUACCGCAGGGCGGUGCUCGUGGUUCACCCAGACAAAGCCACUGGGCAGCCAUAUGAACAGUACGCCAAGAUGAUCUUUAUGGAGCUCAAUGACGCCUGGUCGGAGUUUGAUAGCCAAGGACAGAAGCCGCUGUAUUGAAAACGUUCCCUUGGACUCCCCGUGUCCCACAGUCCCCUGAACAUCUGUGUUGUGGUCCUUCUGUUUUAUUAAUUGUCAUUGUCACAUGGAUUUUGGUUCAUAGACUCUGUAUAUUACAACUGUACUUACACUUAAGGGUCACCUCUUAACCUAGUGCACGCAGUCCAGUAUAGGACAUCAGUGCUGUCUAGGAAAUUCUGCGGCCAAAACAAAAUUAGACAAGUGUUGUUUUUCCAAAUAUGACACACAUGAUGGCCACAGGGGGGAAAAGUCUUUACAGGUACAGUCUGAUCUUGGGUGGUGCUUAAGAUGUUUAAAGUGCCGCGAGCAGUGGCGUAAAGGUUAGUUUUAUGAAGUGUUUUUUGUUAACUUCUGAGAUCUGACACCUGUCAGUUUUCGUCCAUAUCGGAAAACAUGUAAGCAAUAUUUCCUUCUAUGUUUAAAAAAAAAAAAAAAAAAAAAAAUGCUAAAUUUUACUGUGAAGAACAGGGUCGCUUGGAAAAACAUCAGAGCAUCGCAUAGCGUAUGUCACAUAUCUGGCAUGAUUCACCCCAAACAAUGUCUUACAUUCUUGGGUGUACAGAUUGGUAAGCGACCUAUCGAGAGCUAAAGGAGCAGUAAACCGUUGAGGUGACACAUGUUUUUUUUCCAGUGAGAAUUCACUAUGUGUGCAUAUGCCGGAGUUGGGACCUGUUACUAUAGCAUCAGCCCUACCAAACACUGCAGUUUGGUUGUUGCUAAAUACGUUUGUCUCCGUGAAACAUCUCGAUCUACUGCUUUCCUCUGCUUACCGGACGAGCACAAGAGUUGUGUACAGAGGUGUCUUGAAAGUACUGUAGCUGAAGUAUAACAGAACAGAGAUCAGUAUUUUUGUAUGUUUGUUGUUCUUGCCUAAAUGCACCGCAUUAAUGAUAAACUAUUUACAAGGAGUUAUCGGUUUAUUUUAAAAUAUUAUCACAGUGAUAAUUUGCUUUUUAAGCACAUAUACGAUUUGUUUCAUUAUUUUCUUUAUCGAGCAUAUGCUGUAUUCCCGUGUUUUUUAUGGGACUUUGACAGGCUGGCUGGUGGCUGCUGAAAUGCCUUAUGCUAUUUACCUGAUAAUAACUGGUCCAACAGAUGUGUGAAUCCAGGCAGUUGAGACUGAAUGUAAGCAGUUAAUCACUGCACUGGCUAGUGUGGUUCUGUCUGUUGGGACCUGAAGUUUGAGGCAAAUUUGUUUAGAGACACUGGAAAAAAAAUGCUUUUCUGAAACCCACUGCUCCUUUUUCUGCCCACUUUCACCCUUGCUGACUUGCAUGGGUUCUGCAUCUCAAGACUCCCCACAAUGGGAAUGCCCUGUGCCUGAGAUCACCGUGAGAUUUUCUAACUGUUACACCACCGAGAGCUCCGUUUGACAGCUAUUUAGUGACGUUCUUUUUUCUUUUUCUUUUCUUUUUUGUUUUCGAGGAAAACCAUUACUGACUUGCAUUUGUGGAAUAUCACGUAUUUGACUUCAGGAGGUGCACAUACUCCUGUGCUUUACAUUUUAUUUGUGAUAACUGCAUUGAUUUUGAUAGGAACUACGGCUGAUGAUCCAUUAUUAUAGCAUCUGCGACAAUGAUAUAUAGUGUAAAAAGAUGGGAUGCUGUUGUGCGUUGUAUCAGCUCAUUGGUGUGCGAGACCGAGACCCUCUGCAACGUUGCUUUCUCCGUAGGCCAGUGGUCUCCAGCCUCAGUUACUGCUGUACAGUACCUUUUUCUCAGUGUCCCCAUUUCUGAAGAAAUAACAGAUUGAAGACAUGAUAUGUAAAACUUUUAGGCAAAAACGUCUCUGUGAUCAGUGAUGGGAGAUCCUUGUUGAGCAUAUUUCUUGGAACAAAAUAUCAUAGAACUAUGGCAACAAGCUGUUUGUGUGUUUUUUUUUUUUUUUUUUUUUUUUUUUU